AUGGAAAGGGCUUUUGAACUCGCAGAAGAGGCUUUGAAUGCUUCAGAGGUUCCCGUUGGCUGUGCAUUCAUAUACAACAAUGAAGUAAUAGCCUCAGGCCGGAACGAGGUAAAUGCUACUGGUGACGCAACUCAGCAUGCCGAAAUAGUAGCAAUUAGGAAACUAACGCAGUGGUGUGAAGAAAAUGGACAAAGUUUGGUUGCAGUUCUGCCGAAAACUAUCCUUCAUGUUACUGUUGAGCCAUGCAUAAUGUGUGCUGCCGCCCUCCGGUUCAGUCUUCCAGCACAACCUAAAUGCAUCAUAUAUUAUUCUCAAAAUGAACGUUUUGGUGGCUGCGGAUCAGUUAUGAGUAUCCACACGGAUGAAUCCAUUCGACCACCGCUUAUUUGCAAGUCUGGUGGCAGCCCAGAGAGAUCAAUAGAGCUACUGAAGAAGUUUUUCAAUCAGGAGAAUUUAAAUGCCCCGAUUGAAAAGCGUAUUAAAAAGGGUCAAAAAGGACAAGUGUAA